AUGUCUUCGCUUCAGAUAAUUGGUGAAAAGGGUAGCUCCUUAUUAACAUUGGCCAGUAAUUUGAAAUUAUCUUUAGUUUCUGCUAUUUAUCAACCUAAAUUAAGUGUUUCCUUAAGUGAAAAUGAGUCAUCUCUCUCAUUGAUCGAUAAGAAGUCAGGUUUUGAAUUAUCGGAACCGAAUGCUAUUGUAAAAUAUCUUGCAAAUGAUUUCAACAAAGAUAAGUUGCUCGAAUUCGAAGAAACUAGUCUUUACAAGGCUGCAAAAUCAAAUAAAAAAGAUGCGAUUGUUCAGGCUAUCAAUGAGAGCUCUAUAAAGCUUGAAAAGGCCGAGACUUCAACGAGCCAGAUUAUUCUUUUUGCCGCUGUGUAUGGUGCUUUAAGUGGCGGCAAGUAUGAGACUCCAUUUGACAAGUGGUUUAAAGAAUUUAGUGAACUUCCAAAGGUUUCUGAGGCUAUUAAGCAUGCGUUAUCCAUCACAACAUUAGAGAGACAAAAGAGCGAGAAUACUGGAGCCCAAAAGGUGAAAACAGGUCACUUAGUCAAGAAGCAAGCGGAUAGAAUUCUUCCUAAGGAGAACGAAAGAAAUAUCUUAAUUACGUCUGCCUUGCCUUAUGUUAAUAAUGUUCCACAUUUAGGUAAUAUUGUUGGUUCAGUUUUAUCAGCAGACAUUUAUGCUCGUUAUGCCAAGAACAGAAAUUAUAAUGCCUUGUUCAUUUGCGGUACAGAUGAGUACGGAACUGCUACUGAAACUAAAGCAUUAGAAGAAAAGAUUACCCCAAAACAAUUGUGUGAUAAAUACCAUAAGAUUCAUAAGGAUGUUUACGAUUGGUUUGAUAUAGGAUUCGAUUACUUUGGUAGAACUACCACCAGUCAGCAAACUGAGAUUGCCCAAGAUAUUUUUAUGAAAUUGUUUGAUAAUGGCUAUUUAGAAGAGAAAACCACUGAACAAUUGUACUGUCAGGAACAUAAUGCAUUCUUGGCAGAUAGAUUUGUUGAAGGUACUUGUCCUAAAUGUCAAUACGAAGAUGCCAGGGGCGAUCAAUGUGACAAAUGUGGUUCCUUAUUGAAUCCAUUCGAAUUGGUAAACCCUCGUUGUAAGGUUGAUAAUGCUAAACCUAUCCCUAGAAACUCCACUCACAUUUACAUUAAAUUGGAUGAUUUGGAACCAGAACUUAAAGCAUGGGUUGAAGAAGCGUCUGAAAAGGGUGCUUGGUCUAAGAAUUCCAAGACCAUCACUAAUUCAUGGUUGAAGCAAGGCUUGGAACCAAGAUGUAUCACAAGAGAUUUGAUUUGGGGUACACCUGUUCCAUUGGAAAAAUUCAAGGACAAGGUCUUGUAUGUCUGGUUUGAUGCCACUAUCGGUUAUGUAUCUAUCACAGCCAAUUACUUCAAGGACAAUAAAACAGAGGACUGGAAGAAAUGGUGGAGAAACCCAGAAAAUGUCGAUUUAUACCAAUUUAUGGGUAAGGAUAAUGUUCCGUUCCAUACAGUUGUUUUCCCAGCUUCCCAAAUUGGUACCAAAGACAAUUGGACUAAAUUACACCACUUGAACACAACUGAAUACUUGCAAUAUGAAAAUGGUAAGUUCUCUAAAUCUAGAGGUGUAGGUGUUUUUGGUAAUAAUGCCAAGGAAACUAAUAUUUCUCCAUCAGUUUGGAGGUACUACUUAGCCUCCGUGAGACCUGAAUCCUCUGAUUCACACUUCUCUUGGACUGAAUUUGUUACUAAAAACAACUCCGAGUUAUUAGCUAACUUAGGUAACUUCGUCAAUAGAUUGGUCAAGUUUGUUAUUGCCAAAUAUAACGGGGUUGUCCCAGAAUUUGACCCAAAGAACAUUCCAGACUACAAUAAAUUUAAUACUGAAAUCAACCAAUUAUUAGCAAAUUACAUUGAAAAUAUGGAAGCUGUUAAUUUACGUCGUGGUUUGGAAAUUGCUAUGUCUAUCUCAUCUCGUGGUAACCAAUUUUUACAAGACAACAAAUUAGAUAAUAAUUUAUAUACCAAUUUACCGGACAAAUCUGAUGCUGUUAUGGGUGUUGGUUUAAAUUUGAUUUACUUGGUUAGUGCUAUUAUUAGUCCUUUCAUGCCAGAAUGUACCACCCAAAUUUGCCAAGUUUUGAAUGCUCCUCCAUUAUCUAUUACUGACAAGUUUGAGUUGGUUUUAGAACCUGGUCACUGCAUUGGUAAGGCCCAAUACUUGUUUAAGAGAAUCGAUGAAAGUAAAAUUGACGAAUGGAGAAGCUUAUAUGGCGGUCAACAAAAGGCCUAG